AUGACGCGAGGGGGUGGUACAGAUCGCGUACUUGGAAAGGCGCUCGCAGCUGGAGAUGCAAAAUCUCUAGGGCUCCCGAGACACUUCACCACCGUGCCGUCCGGUAGGAAGGGACUCAAUAACCCUUGGCGAGGGGCCGGAAAUCGGAGACGGAACGACUUGCUGUCGUCUGUGUCCGGCUGCGGCGGGACGUACCGCCCCAAGCUCAAGGAUGGCGAUACGGCGUCUCUGUACUAUUCGCUGAGACAAGAUGACAAUCUCGUCACUGACGCGUCAAGUAAGGGACACGCAAUUGAUCUAGUUCUCGGUUCGGGACAACUCGGCGACGAAAUCGAAAGUCGCAUAAGGGGGCUUUGCGCCGGCGAGACGAUGAGGUACGCUUCGAAUGAUGGCAUUUUAAUUGUGCAUGUUGCGUAUAUCGGCAAACUGGGCGUUCAGAACGAACGCUUGCAGCGACUAGAAAAGCUCUCUCACAUCAUUAAGAGCCUUCGCGCGUCCAAGGGGGUUUCCUGCGAGCUCGCCUGCCGUCGCAAGGGGCUAAUAUGUGCUCAAGAUGGCUUCAAAAUCAUCAAUACUUGCCCAAGACUCAAGCAAGCAUACCCUUGCCGAUCAUGUGAAACGGCAGCUGCGGGAUCCUCAGGACCGGAUAUGCCAUGUUAUGUCGAAAUCUCUGCACCAGUGGGACAUCCACGAGGGUCCUGCAUGGUGAAUCCUAAAAUCACUUCGGCAACUUGCAAGGCCAAGUAUCGGCACACACGCCGCCUCUGCCCAUGCAUACCGCGUGGAGAGACAUGA